AUGAAGAUGGGUUCUAUUGGAAGCUCAAAAAGAUCAAGAUUAUCAUCAUCAUCAAGUAGAGGGCUUGGAGGUGUCCUUAAGGAACAAAGAGCUAGGCUAUACAUCAUAAGAAGGUGUGUGGUCAUGCUUCUAUGUUGGCAUGAGUAA